UGAACGCCCCAGGAACGGGAUUGAUUCCCCGCAUGUACGUCUUGUCUCUGCCUUAAAGUUAAAUGAUGAAUUAGCAGACUACUUUCGAGACCGAGCACAAAUAGAAGACAUGUACGCCAAAAGUAUUGCCAAACUCACAAGGAAAAACUAUAUUUCCAACAAAUCCGCACUCGGAACUUUUUUACCGUUAUGGGAGAUGCUUCAACUUGAACUUUCUCGAGCUGCUUCCAUCCAUACCGAAUAUGCAACGAGUAUUCUUGAAAAUGUCGAACAACCUCUCCGAUCCUGUAUUCCUUCCAGUAACGAUUUUCACGAAAUACAACGUAUGGAUGAACACGUUUCCAGAAUAGCGCGAGAUUAUGAUGAUUUGGAAAUAAAGAUUCAAAAACACAAGAAAAGUGCUAAAGGAGAACAAAAGGCAGCUGAAUGCAUUAAGCAACAGGACUUGAAAUUAGCUGAAUGGAAACAACAUGGUCCCGAGUAUUUACAUAAACAUCAGCUAUUGGAUGAAGCUCGUUGGAAUACUAUCAAGUGCACCACAGAAGUCUUUAGUUCACUUCAACAAUCCCAUGCUCACAAGAUUAUUGAGAUGACAGUAAAUACGAUGACAGCUGCAGAAAAUAUCAAGGUUAAUGAUGAAAUUGCUGCAUUCUGUGCAUCUACAAGUCAUCCUCCUUCACAUAAUCAUCAUCAGCAUGAGCCUCAAGAUCUGCUCACUAUCGAUCAAAUCGUACCUGAACCUUCCAUCUCCGAUUCCAGUCUGAAACAUCCUCCCUCUGUCAAAAAAGAAAAGAAACGAUUUUUUCAGUCUUUGGUGUCUAUGAGACGUAAGCCGAAAUCAGAAAACGGUGGUCAUAUUUCACUAGAUCAACCUGUUCAUGGUCGUCAACGUAGCUUCAGUAAUGCAGGUAGUUUUGUCGAAAGUCUUCAUUCUAUCAAUACCCAUAGUACAGCCGAUGAGUUGGGUAAAUCCACAAGUACCAACGCUAUGGAUCUUUCCACUCCCGGUUCACCUACUUCCAACACUCCUUCACUUCGUAAAGCCACUAGUUUCAACGGCAGUAUUACUAGUGCAUUAUCCUCACAACCCGCUCCUUUAAUUGUGGUGGAUUCGGAAGGUUUCUCGAUCCCUCCCUCAGAUAGAAGCGCAUGGCCCAUCGAGGCACUCAAUACAAAGACAGAAUCAUUAUUAGAUUUAGACGAUGUUGGAUCUGACGGUGGAAGUGUGUUUAGUAGUAAUCCACGCAUUCGGGUCGAUAUAAAGAGUGAAGUCACGGAAGAAGAUGCUUCUCAAUCAGCUGUGGCUCUUACGCGUGUUGUCACCAUGUUGAAAGAAAAGAAUUCAUCUACUGGUCCCAACGCUAGAAGACUUCGUGGGCGUCGCGAGAUGCGAGCUACGCAGUUAUAUUCUGUGGUGGAAGGAGACCAAACAUUGGGUAAUCCUGCACCUCUAUUUAACCCUUUUGAACAAGCUCCUGAAAAGAUCGCAGAGGAACCCAUAACAGAAGAAAACGUAGUAUCACCACAGAUCCAUGUGGCGAUUACAGAAACUUUACAUGUGUUAUCUAGAGCGGGUGAAGCUGAAAGAUCCAUGAUUUCCGGUGAAGUCAGUAUUCAAUACGAGGGGCCUAUGGAUCCUAGUACACCUGUUCUUUUCAAACUUUCCCAUGCGGGCACUACGUUUGAUACCAUAGAGACUGCAUUUUUAGAGGAAACAUUGGAAGAAAAUACGUUUGGGAUCCAAACAGGAUUAUUUACAUCGGGUCAAUCCAAGGUCUGCAUCAAGUAUAAAGCACCCUGUCAUCAGUUACCCUUGAGCGUGAAACCCAUUUGGAAAUGCGAUAGUGAGAAGAGUCGAUUGUUGGUGAAAUAUCACAAGCAUCGUGACUUUUCUCGCUUGGAAAACGUGGUGUUUGCCACUUCUGUCACGGGUCAAGUUCAAAAUGCGCUUAGUAUUCCUGCUGGUGAACUUGUGUUAUCACAAAGUCGUAUCAUGUGGCAUUUGGGCAAUCUGGAAGAUCCUGCUGAGGCUGUGAUUAAGGCACAAUUUACCACAUUGGAACAAGCGAGUCCACAACCUAUUGCGGUUCGUUUUGAACUCGGAGAUACGCUUUUAACCGAUGUCAAUAUUAUGGCUGACCCUUCUCUUCUUGUUCAUACUACCAAGUCUGUAAAAGUUGGCAAAUACAUUGCCGAAAUCUAAUCUAAUAUUUAAUAAAGUGCUUUUUUUUAUAUGUAUAUAUGUGUAUACUUGGCUGAGUUAAAAAAUUCGAGUCUAACAAGAGGUGGGGUUGCAGGUGGAAUGGCGCUGGAAGAUUUUCUCUCUUUCAGU